UGCAGCUGCCCUCCUUAGCCCAGAAGCCAGGUCUGGUGUUGGUAGAUGCUAUGGCUGUGUUUUGUUUAGUAAGCUGUCAUUUAAAAUGUCAAAGCCACCAGAACCGAGGAGGAGAAUGUAGAGAACUCAACCCUUAAGCAAUCCCUGGCUGGCCCACCAGUGUGUUGUGAGCACUAGAGGCAGCUCCCUGUCCCAAGCCUCCUUGUGAGGAGCAGCUGCUUCUGGUCAAGAAUGUCCUGUGUACAAGUGUUUCCACACAAACAUUUGACCUACUCCUGCCUAGCCAUUGUGUUGAAGUGUAGUUUCUGGACUUGCCUUGUCUGUGAAUUUACUACUGGAUGGGGCAGUAAAUAAAUGUCACUGCUGACAGAAGAUGGAAAUGCCCACAAGUCCAUAAACGCUGGUGGGAGUCCUCAAUUAGGUUUUGUUCCCCACCAUUUUGUUUGCAAAAAGAGUAAAUUUUGUGUUAUCAAAAUAUUAGUUGUUCAUUUGAAAAUUUUGAUGUCUUAAUUGCAUUGAUCAAAGAUAUUUCCUCAGCAAUUGCACUAGUACCUUUGUUGAGUAUGUGUUGCCUGUGUAAGUUGGUAGGAAUCACAUAUCCGUAUGCCAAAUCAAAUUGUCCAUCUUUGAUUUUUAUAGGCCAUGUUCAGUGACUACCAGUGACUUGAUUUCAGAUGAAAAUUCUUGUUUUCUAGUUCUAUGCAACAUCCACACUGCUGGCAUCAAGAGCAGGAACGUAGAAGCUGCAAUGAUUCAGAUUACCUGGUGUUUGAGGAAUAUCAGUGUGGCCAUUCAGACCACUUGAUGGAGAGCUCGACAACAUCAGAACAUUCUAGGCCUCUUUCCAGUUGCCCCAGUUGGGAAGGUAGAACUGAAGAAGGCAAGGCAAUGAGAGCAUCAAAUAACAAAAUGACCAGUUCUGUUUCAAGCAACUCUGCCAAUCCAGCUGAAAGGGAAACGGAUGAGGUGGUCCUGAGGAGAAGACAAAAACAGAUCAAUUUUGGCAAGAAUACCCUCGCAUAUGACAGAUACAUUAAAGAAGUCCCAAAGUAAGCUGCCCUGUGUUGC